AUGGCCAUGAUUUCCAAUAACGUCUCUAAUUCGUCUAAUUUGUAAGUGGACUUUGGGUUACUGUACUUGAGUUUAGGUUACUGUAGAAAAUAAUAUAAUCGGGAAAUAACUCGGAAUAAUGUUAAAGGCCUCUACGGCAAAUGAAGACUUAUUUUUCGUUUAUUGACUUUAGUUUCGAGCUGAUUUUACUUGAUGGGCCAAGUAUAAUAUAAUUUUAUUUCAGCUGCAGUCGGGGCGGUACAGGCGCCCCGUGUUGUUUUUGACGCCCCUCCAAGUGAUCCAGACGCAAGUAUAGACUCAGACGCGCUUUCCGGUCUCGUAAAACGUAAGUUCUUGCUCGUUCUUGUGUCGUAUUUUAGGUGGAAUUUUGUUUUUGAAUGUGGUCUUUGUCGUUAUUUAUGGGAAAGGAUAAGAUCUCCUAUAGUUUAAAGAAUUUUCUCGUCUAAAAUACGGCCUUCUAGAGAUUUGUUUCCCUAAAGUAAUAUAAUUUUUUUCAGAAGUCAGCGAAGAAUGGUGUGCCCACAUUCCGGAGAAGAAGACCCUCGCCCUGUUCCUGCCCCACAACCAACUGUCGUCAAAGCUGAGCCGCGAGCACUUUGUGAACCUCCUCGAGUAUUGUGAAGAUGAGCUCGGGUUCAACAAGGUGCUCGCCUGCUUCAACCGCGACGGUCUGGACGCCAAGCAGGGAAUCCCCAGGGCCCUACGUUGCAUCGGCUUCAAUGUGCUUGCCCCCGAACACUUCCCAUCGUGUUUGGACAAGUCGAAGUUGUUCUGUAUGGUCUACCACAUCUAA